AUGGCUACACAAGAUUCAUCUCUGGAAUCUGGCAGUGACGUUGAAGUGGAGAGGCGCGAUUAUCCAACAAAAUGGUACCGAAGUACGUUCUUCAACAUGACUGUCCUCGGGCUUUGCAACUUCUCGGCUCCUGGAAUAUGGGGAGCGAUGAACUCCCUCGGAGCUGGAGGAGCUCAGUCGCCCCAUCUAGUCAAUGCCGGCAACGCCCUCACUUUCUGCUUGAUGGUGGUUAGUUGCUACUUCAGCAGUGCGAUCGUGCACUACAUCGGUAUCAAAGGAGCACUCAUCUUUGGAACUAUCGGCUAUGCUCCCUACGCAGCAGCUUUGUACACGAACAACCGCUUCGGAACAGAGUGGUUCAUCUACCUUGGAAGCUCGCUGUGUGGUAUCUCUGCAGGCGUUUUCUGGAUGGCUGAGGCUGCCAUCGCCAUUGCGUACCCUGAGCCCUGGAACAAAGGUAAAGCACUCGGUUAUUGGCUGACCUUUCGUCUUGCUGGCCAAAUCCUCGGUGGUGCCAUCAAUCUUGGACUCAAUGCAGAUCGCGAUCAAGCGGGCAGCGUGUCGUACACAGUCUACCUGGUCUUCAUCGCGCUGCAGUGUAUUGGGCCGUUCGUUGGUUUGUUCUUGAACAAGCCCAGCAAAGUCCAAAGGAAAGAUGGCAAGAAGGUCGACUUGACCAUCUUGGACAACCCGUGGUUCGAGAUCAAGGCUACGACAAAGCUUUUCUUCACGAAGAGGUUUUUACUCACAGUUCUGUGGAUUGGACAAGCCGUCUUUUCAGAAGCUGUUUACUUCACUUACUUGGCUUUGUGGUUCUCUGUCCGUGCGCGCGCCCUGGGCUCCUUCUUGUCCGGUCUUGUGGCCGUGAUAUGCGGUAAUCUUCUGGGUAGCUACCUAGACAGAACCUCUAUCCCACUGCGCAUUCGCGCUCGCAGCACAUUCUGGUUUAUCGCUGUCCUCCAGGGUGCCUGGUGGUUAUGGGCCACGAUCCUCGUCACCGAGUUCCGCUCGACUCAGCCUACAUAUGACUGGUCCUCGGCAGGUUUCGGUCGCGGCUUCGCCGUCUUCGUCUUUUUAACAGUCGGCUUCCAGUUGAACUAUCUUUUCUUAUACUUCUUCAUCGGCCAACUUGCGGAAAGUGAGCCCGAGGUCAUUCGAUAUGCUGCACUGCUAAGAGGCACCGAGUCUGCAUGGCAAGCAGUUAGCUAUGGUGUCACUUCAGUGACCGUGUUCGCUGAAGUUGGAGCCGUCUACUGGAACUUUGCGCUUUGGGCUGUUGCUAUUUGGCCAGCCUGGCUAGUACUAAGGGAAUUUGGUGAUGAGAAGAAGACGUUCGAGGAUGAAAUUGAUGCUAAGAGUAGCAUACCGACGAGCUCGACUGUUGUGCAUCCGCAACAGGGAAAAACAGACUUGGACUAA